AUGAAUGCCCUCUUUGGCAUCCCUUACCUGUUUGGCGCUUUCAAAUCAGUCUCAGGUCGUCAUCAAUGGGGCACUUCUUACAGGGAUAACAGAGCAGAGGGAAUGUCUUCCCCUCGAGUUUCGAUUUGUGAUCAGUUCAGUUCAGUUAUGGCAACUGCUGUCGGACUUUCAAAAGUGUUUAUUUUAGACAAGUAUUUCACUGAGUAUUGGCAGACAGAGCGUCAACUUCAGGAUGCCUCGUCCAACGAAGCCGUACACCUUCAGCAACAGCUCAGAAAUUUGAGCUCAGAAUUGGUUACUCUUAGGACACGAUUACGUAUAUCUCCUGUCAAUAAGUCGACAACUCAUGGACCCAGUGGUAAAACACAUAAAGUUCAAGAAUCGCACCAAUUAGCGAGCAAAUCGCGAAAACAGGAAUAUCAAUACACAGAAGUGAAUGAUUUGAUACAUCUAUUGGGACCGUUAACUGAAGAUUCAUUGCUCCGAGCGCUUCACUCCAGGUUUUUGGCCAAAGAGUAUUACACAAACGUUGGACCAGUUUUGUUGUCCUUAAAUCACUUUAAGGACAGGAGAAAUGCAUUGACACUAAACAGCACUCAUAUGGAAGCCCUUCAAUGCACACAACUUUUGCGUAUAGUUCACGAAGCGGUUCGACAGCACAAUGAGACGGGUUAUCCACAGGCUAUCAUCUUAAGUGGAAUGAGUGGCAGUGGAAAGACCUACUCAUCAAUGAUAAUAUUGAGACAAUUGUUUAAUGUUGCGGGCGGUGGACCUGAAACCGAUACAUUCAAACAUUUAGCGGCAACUUUUACUGUCUUAAGAAGUUUGGGAAGCGCUAAAACUGCCAUAAAUUCAGAAUCUAGUCGUCUCGGACAUUUUAUUGAAGUUCAAGUGACUGAUGGAGCGCUCUAUAGAACUAAAAUUCACUGCUAUUUUCUCGAUCAGUCAAGAGUUGUCAAAACUCUGCCAAAUGAGAAGAAUUAUCAUAUAUUUUACCAAAUGCUGGCCGGCCUUACGAGCGACGAAAGAGCUAAACUGAAUUUAGAGGGCUUUACCAUUAAGAACUUACGAUAUCUGAACCAUUCAAAUAUGAAUUCCAAUAGCGAUGACGAUGCCGUUAGAUUUGAGGCCUGGAAAUCAUGUCUAUCAGUGUUGGGGAUCCCAUUCCUGGAUGUGGUUCGCGUAUUGGCUGCAGUACUACUGUUGGGUAACAUUAAGUUCAAUGAAUCUCAAAAUCUGAUCGAUUCGGGCGACGAAUGCAAAAACAGUGGAAGUCAUGAAAUAAACGCCGUCUCUUCACUGCUCGGCAUAUCCAGUGUCUUAUUAUUUAAAGGGUUGACCACAAGAACUCACCACAGUAUCAGAGGACAACUAAUUAAGUCUCAUCGCGAUUCACAAGGCGCCUCGUCGACAAGAGAUGCGUUGGCGAAAGCACUUUAUUGUCGAACUGUGGCCACAAUUAUAAGAAGAGCUAACAGUUCCAAGAGAAUCGGAUCCACUUGUGGUACACUUAGUUCUGACAGCAAUGAAUCGAUUCACAAUCAGACUGAGACAGGCAGUCAUCACGCAUCUAGGUCAAAUGGCGCUAAAUCUCAUAAAUCAAUGAAUGUCCUGAACUCCGCUGUCAGACACGCAACCGAUGGCUUCAUUGGUAUAUUAGAUAUGUUUGGCUUCGAGGACUCAAAACCGAGUCAUUUGGAGCAGUUGUGUAUAAACCUGUGUUCGGAGACAAUGCAACACUUCUAUAACACCCAUAUCUUCAAAUCAAGUAUCGAGUCGUGUCGUGAGGAAGGCGUCACAUCUGAUAUAGAGAUUGAUUACGUGGAUAACGUCCCCUGCAUUGACUUCAUAUCUUCUUUGAGAACCGGUUUAUUUAGUUUAUUGGACGUCGAGUGCUCUUUGAGAGGGACACCUGAAGCAUACGUCCAGAAGAUUAAAGCCCAGCACUCGACUAACAGUCGUUACUUUGAUAUCAACUCCACUAAAGACAAGUCAGCAACAGAUCCAUUGCCUCAAAUGUCUCGCUUAUUCGGGAUCAGACACUUUGCGGGUCACGUGACAUACGAUUCCACAAAUUUCUUGGAAUCAAAUUCCGAUCGCUUGAGUGAUGACGUGAUUUCCAUUUUCCAUAAGAAUACCUGUGUUUUCGGUUUUGUUACUCAUUUGUUUGGCGUUGAAUUGAGAGCUUUAUAUAAUAAGGAAACUGUUCCCAGAGGAAUGACAUUCAGAAUCGCACCAACAGCUCAUAUUGACACACAGAAUGGCUAUAAUCCAGUGUCUACUUUGACACAAGAUUUUCAUACUAGACUCGAUAAUCUGUUGAGAACUUUGGUCCACGCGAGACCUCAUUUCAUCAGAUGCAUCAAAGCAAACAAUUCAGAGGAACCGAAUUGCUUUGAUAGGACAGCUGUUGUUAAACAGAUCCGAGCCCUUCAGAUACUAGAGACCGUGAAUCUAAUGGCCGGUGGAUUACCCCACAGAAUGCGCUUCAGAGCCUUUAACUCUCGUUAUAGACUUUUAGCGCCAUUUAAGUUACUUAAGAGAGCGGAUGACAAAGCGAUUGAAGACUGCAAAUUGAUUUUAGACUGUUUUAUGCAAAGCCAGAAGAGCAUAGAGCCGGUGUCGGCCGCGUCCACCACUUGGGCUCUCGGGAAGAGACAUAUAUUCCUGAGUGAAGGCGCGCGACAACAGCUGGAAAUGUUGCGAAACGAGCGCAGAGUGGUGUCGGCGCUCCUCAUUCAGUGCACUUGGAAGGGGUGGAACGUCCGGCGCCGGUGGCCUCUCAUCAAAGAGAGUCUAUUGGCUCAGCACUUGGCCCACAAAAAUAAUGCCCUCUUAAACGGCAUGUCUUCAAAGCCGAGACCACUUCCUAUCACAGGAACUCCACCUCCUUUCGGCACUCAACACCAGAAUCCGUCCAAAUCUGCUGAAAAUAUUCCGCCUCCCGUUCCUCCAAGUCGUUCCUAUACUAUAACUGGAAACGCGAAGUUGGGUUAUCCGCAGAAAAGGAUUAUUAAAAUGGAUUAUCCGGAAUCGGGACCUAAAGUGCAAUUAGAAAAGGGUCAGAGAGUGACAGUAGUGGGCGCCUCAUCAAAGCGCGGACACCUAUUGGUCGAGAACAACGACAUCACUCUAACCAUUCCCUACCAGUUCUUGGAGUUAAUCCCAAACCCCAACCAUUUGGCCAGACGUGGCGCUAACGAGGAUUCCUGUGAGACCAACAGUGGAGCCAAUGGAGAGUCAAAGCAUUCAAACGUCAGAUAA